ACCUUGAAGGGGACUAUUGUUUUGUGGUUGACAACUAUGAUUCCCCAAGCAAGGCCUCCUCCAUGUAAUGAAUCCAGCAACAGUUGCACCUCAGCAACAUCUUUCCAACUCUUUAUGCUAUUCACAUCCUUUAUACUCCUAUCUGUUGGAGCUGGAGGCAUCAGGUCUGCUUCCUUGGCCUUUGGUGCAGAUCAAUUCGAGAAAAGAGAUGGAAAGAAAGAUGCAGUCUUGUUACAGAGAUAUUUUAGCUGGUAUUAUGUGUCGUAUUCGUUAUCUCUUGUCCUUGCUUUGACCUGUAUGGUGUACAUUCAAGAUCAAAUGGGGUGGCAAAUUGGUUUUGGAGCUUCAGUGGUGGUUAUGUUUUUUGCAGCUCUGCUGUUUUUUCUGGCUUCCCCCUUCUACAUCAAGGUAAAGGCUAAAGCAACCUUAUUCACUGAACUUGUUCAAGUGAUUGUAGCCUCUUAUAAAAAUAAAUCUCACAAGUUAUUAUCGAGUAGCAGUACCGAGAUGUUGUACCAUCACAAGAACGGCUCAACACUGGUUUUUCCUAGUGAAAAGAUGAGGUUUCUAAACAAAGCUUGCAUAAUCCACGAUCCCGAGCAAGAUCUUACCCCUGAUGGAAGAGCUAAGAACCCCUGGAAUCUUUGCACAGUGGAUCAGGUAGAGGAUCUGAAGGCACUACUUAAGGUGAUCCCAAUAUGGUUGUCAGGGACAUUUAUCAAUAUUAACCAGACAUCUUUUUCGGUACUUCAAGCAAGUUCCAUGGAUCGCAAGAUCAUGGGGAAUUUCGAAAUUCCAGCAGGUUCUUUUGGUAUAUUCAAUAUCAUUUCUAUGAUACUCUGGGUUGCUUUUUAUGAUCAAGUGCUUCUGCCGAUAGCAGCAAGAAUCAAGGGGAAACCUGUUUACCUCACUGCAAGACAAAGAAUGGGAAUUGGAACGUUUAUCUCUUUUCUCUCCGUGGUUGUAACAGCAACCGUGGAAUGUAUUCGUCUUAGUCUUGCAUUUAAGGAAGGAAUUUCAGAUGAUCCAGAGGCAAUAGUGCACAUGUCAGCUCUAUGGCUUUUGCCCCAAUAUUGCCUGAUAGGAUUGACUCUGGGUUUGAGUGCUAUCGCGCAGAAUGAGUUUUUCAUUUCAGAACUCCCCAGAAGCAUGUCCAGUAUGGCUUCUACUCUCUGUGGAGUUGGAAUUUCUCUAGGAUGUUUGGUAGCAAGUUUUAUAACGAGUACUAUUGAUGAUUUUACAAAAAGAGGUGGCGGGGUGAGCUGGAUUUCUACCAACAUUAACAAGGGUCAUUACGAUUAUUAUUUUUGGGUUCUUUCUGGUUUAAGUUUGGCAAACUUCUUCUUUUUCCUGAUCUGCUGUUGGACCUAUGGACCUUGUAGAGGGGAGGAAGGCAAUGUUAAUGAUGAAGAAGUUUCCUUGCGUUAGAAAAUAAAAUUUAAUGAAGAAGCUUCCUACUGGAGUGUCAAGACACCUUGACGAUCGAAACUGGUUUCAUAUGGAAGUCGUACAUAUGAAACAAAAUUGGAUCUGUCAUCUUUACUGGCUUUUCUCCACUCCUUGAA